CUUGGUAAACCUUUUUUUCAGAGCUGGUACAGAGAUAAAUUUUCAACUCAGGCCCCGCUGGAAGUAAGGCAUUAGCCACCCACAGUCUUGUGCCUGCCUUUGGCUGCCAGGAGGGGACCAAGAACAAGUUCCCAAGCUAAGAAGCAGGCUCCCCAGCCUUCACCUUGUGGGUCCAGCUCAAGAGAGCAAGCGGCAUGCAGCACCCCCUGGCUGGCCCAUUGUCUUCUGACCUGCUGUUGACCACUCCCAGGAGGCCCUGACGCCCUGGGGCACUUUUGCUCUGCACAGGACCACUUUGGGGUUUGCCAUGGUGACAUAAAGGAGUGCAGAGGAAGGAAGGAGCAAGACCAGCCUGUUGACUGUGCCCCUGGCUGGGAGAAAAGGCCAGGGGCCCGGAUCCUUCUCUCCACUGCUCUUUGAACGUCUUACUUCCUAAGUCUCCGAAUUUCUCAGUCAGUGGACAACGCUUGGGCUUCCUGUGUGAGGCCUUGAGGGGGCCAGGCCAGGCUGGGCCUCUGCUGGUUGAGAUCUUGGGGGCCAGGAUGCCUGCUCUGGCGUGCCUCCGGAGACUGUGUCGGCACAUGUCCCCACAGGCUGUCCUUUUUCUGCUGUUUGUCUUCUGCCUGUUCAGUGUCUUUGUCUCUGCCUACUACUUGUAUGGUUGGAACCGGGGCCUUGAGCCCUCAGCAGACGCCUCUGAGUCCGACUGUGGGGACCCACCACCUGUGGCUCCCAGCCGUCUCCUGCCGAUCAAGCCUGUGCAGGCGGUUGCCCCUUCCCGGACGGACCCACUGGUGCUGGUAUUUGUGGAGAGCCUCUAUUCACAGCUGGGCCAGGAGGUGGUGGCAAUCCUGGAAUCCAGCCGCUUCAAGUACCGAACAGAGAUUGCACCAGGAAAGGGGGACAUGCCCACACUCACUGACAAGGGCCGUGGCCGCUUUGCCCUCAUCAUCUAUGAGAACAUCCUCAAGUAUGUCAACCUGGAUGCCUGGAACCGGGAGCUGCUGGACAAGUACUGUGUGGCCUAUGGCGUGGGCAUCAUUGGCUUCUUCAAGGCCAAUGAGAACAGCUUGCUAAGUGCACAACUCAAAGGCUUCCCUCUUUUCCUGCAUUCGAACUUGGGCCUAAAGGACUGCAGCAUCAAUCCCAAGUCCCCGCUGCUCUAUGUGACACGGCCCAGCGAAGUGGAGAAAGGCGUGCUGCCCGGUGAGGAUUGGACUGUGUUCCAGUCCAACCACUCUACUUAUGAACCAGUACUGCUGGCCAAGACGCGCUCCUCCGAGUCCAUCCCACACCUGGGCGCAGAUGCUGGCUUACAUGCCGCCCUGCAUGCGACUGUGGUUCAGGACCUGGGCCUCCAUGACGGCAUCCAACGUGUGCUGUUUGGCAACAACCUUAACUUUUGGCUGCAUAAGCUUGUCUUUGUGGAUGCUGUGGCCUUCCUCACAGGGAAGCGCCUCUCACUGCCUUUGGACCGAUACAUCCUGGUGGAUAUCGAUGAUAUUUUUGUGGGCAAGGAGGGCACACGCAUGAAGGUGGAGGAUGUGAAGGCCCUGUUUGAUACACAGAAUGAACUUCGUACACACAUCCCAAACUUCACCUUCAACCUGGGCUACUCAGGGAAAUUCUUCCACACAGGCACCGAUGCCGAGGAUGCUGGGGAUGAUCUUCUGCUGUCCUACGUGAAAGAGUUCUGGUGGUUCCCCCACAUGUGGAGCCACAUGCAGCCCCACCUUUUCCACAACCAGUCUGUGCUGGCUGAGCAGAUGGCCCUGAACAAGAAGUUCGCUGUCGAGCACGGCAUUCCCACAGACAUGGGGUACGCAGUGGCACCCCACCACUCCGGUGUGUACCCUGUGCAUGUGCAGCUGUACGAGGCUUGGAAGCAGGUGUGGAACAUCCGUGUGACCAGCACAGAGGAGUACCCCCAUCUGAAGCCCGCCCGCUACCGCCGUGGCUUCAUCCACAAUGGCAUCAUGGUCCUCCCUCGGCAGACCUGUGGCCUCUUCACACACACCAUUUUCUACAACGAAUACCCUGGAGGCUCCAGUGAGCUGGACAAGAUCAUCAAUGGGGGCGAACUCUUCCUCACUGUGCUCCUCAAUCCUAUCAGCAUCUUCAUGACGCACUUGUCCAACUAUGGAAAUGACCGCCUUGGGCUGUACACCUUCAAGCACCUGGUGCGCUUUCUGCACUCCUGGACCAACCUGAGGCUGCAGACGCUGCCUCCUGUGCAGCUGGCCCAGAAGUACUUCCAGAUCUUCUCUGAGGAGAAGGACCCACUCUGGCAGGAUCCCUGUGAGGACAAACGCCACAAAGACAUCUGGUCUAAGGAGAAGACAUGUGAUCGCUUUCCAAAGCUUCUCAUCAUUGGCCCCCAGAAAACAGGUACCACGGCCCUCUACCUGUUCCUGGGCAUGCACCCGGACCUCAGCAGCAACUACCCCAGCUCCGAAACCUUUGAGGAGAUCCAGUUUUUUAAUGGCCACAACUAUCACAAAGGCAUCGACUGGUACAUGGAGUUCUUCCCUAUUCCCUCCAACACCACCUCUGACUUCUACUUUGAGAAAAGUGCCAACUACUUUGAUUCAGAAGUGGCACCACGGCGGGCAGCUACCCUGUUGCCCAAGGCCAAGAUCCUUACCAUCCUCAUCAAUCCAGCUGACCGAGCUUACUCCUGGUACCAGCACCAGCGAGCCCACGAUGACCCAGUGGCCCUAAAGUACACCUUUCAUGAGGUGAUCACAGCUGGCCCUGAUGCAUCCGCAAAGCUGCGUGCCCUCCAGAACCGUUGCCUGGUCCCUGGCUGGUAUGCUACGCAUAUUGAACGCUGGCUCAGCGCCUUCCAUGCCAACCAGAUCCUGGUCUUGGAUGGCAAAUUGCUGAGAACAGAACCUGCCAAAGUGAUGGACACAGUGCAGAAAUUCCUCGGGGUGACCAGCACCAUUGACUACCACAAAACCUUGGCGUUUGACCCAAAGAAAGGAUUUUGGUGCCAACUGCUUGAAGGAGGAAAAACCAAGUGUCUGGGCAAAAGCAAGGGACGGAAAUACCCAGAGAUGGACUUGGAUUCCCGAGCCUUCCUAAAGGAUUACUACCGGGACCACAACAUCGAGCUCUCUAAGCUGCUGUAUAAGAUGGGCCAGACAUUGCCCACCUGGCUGCGUGAGGACCUCCAGAAUACCAGGUAGCCUCGGCCACCACAGCCAGACAGAACGCUUGUGUUAGCAGGGAUGUCCUGCCUCACACUGAGCCAGACUGACCUGCCGAGAAGGGCGCUGGGCCCGGCCAGCCAAAAGCAAUGAGCAAUACCCUGCUAAGGCCCAUUGGGGCCAGAAGCCCAGGCAGGUCUGCAGCGUCUCCGAGCAUCUACUGCUGAAUGUGUGGCCUAUGGGAUCUCUCUGGUACCGGAGGUCCAUUCCGUUUGCAGCUGCCCUGCCUGGGGAGACCACUUCCUAUUGGUGGAAGGUCAUUUCCUGGUAGGAGGGGUCCUGGAGACUCUCUCCUGUCCCUCACUGUGUUCUGUCAUCCCUGCCCUUUCCUUGGUCACACCGCCCCCUGCUCCAGCAGGUUGUCUCCUCAGUAUUAGCUGCCAUAUUUCCCUGUCCUCCAGGCAGUAAGGGAGAAUAAUGCAGCUGGGCCUUCCACCCAACUAGGGAGAAAGACUGGGCAUGCCCUUGAGGGUUUUGAGCCAGUCUCUGCCAGGGUUUAGCUGGGCGCCCAGAUGCACUCAUUGGAUUGGAUGUGAGGGUGGCCAUCUUGAGAGGACAUAUGACAUCUAUAUUUGAGUUAAGAUUACCGCAUCUCUUCUUCCCUUUAGGGGAGAGACUCUCUGGUCCCUGUAGUGUCCACCUAGUGCACUUGGUCUCUUAUAGGCCCUGGGCCACUGCCAUGCCACUGGGCCUAGAGACGUGGGCCUUAGCCCCGCCCUGUUCACCUGGGUGUGACUGUGGUGUUUCCUGUGGUAAAGGCUGAGGCGAGUCAGGAGUCUGCUCCCGUGUUCGUGCUCCCGUGUAUAUACAUCGUUUUACAGUCACUGCCUCGGCCCGGCAGACAACCUGUGGCCGAGGGUCCCCAGAGACCCCCUAACCUCCCAAAUACUAAGAAGCUAAAGUAUUUUAAUAUUUUGUGUUUUUUUUUCUUGGUGCCAGAGUUUAUACCCUGGGUGCUGGGGUCGCACUGUGUUUUAUAUAUAUAUAUAUAUAUAUAAAAUGUGUAUAUAUAUAUUAUAUUUUUUUUGGUUGGGUUUGUUUUUAAUUAAGUCAUAUACAAUGGUGGCAAGCCCUGGUCUCAAGGGUGUCAUAUCUUACGCUAGAGAAUGAGUUGGAAGGGAAGCAGAUGUCUCUGUAAGAGUCUAGGCCUCAGGAAGACGACCAGCAGGGUCCUUCUUCCCUCUGCCACAGAGGGAAUAGAGAUGGUAAGGUGGAAAGGAAGACCAACUCUCUCCAGGAAGUCUGGGUUUACAAGCCUAGUGGCUCUGGGGUGUUUGGGCCACAGGGAAAAGCUGGGCUGGGGUGGGAGACCUGAGGCCCUGAGCUGUCCUCCCCCCUCACAUGGUGCUAGGUUGGGGGCUGCCUUGGAGGGGGGUGCCCACAAAGACCCACAGAAUUGUCUCUAGACCCUGCAGACACAGGGUCUCUGACUGUUUUCUGUUUGGGUUCUGUGUCUGUCCCCCUUUAACAAUGUGAAGUCACUGAGGUUGGGUUCCCUUUCCCUGUCCCCCACCCCCAACUGCCAGUUCAGUGUCCAUCAGGCGUCCGGGACAUUCUGGCAUCCUGGACUUGAAGGGGUUCUGAGAUGGGCACUAAGUGGGUACAGGAAUGGGAGAGGUGGCCUUGGUCAAUGUCACAGAGCUGUUGGAAGCAGCAGCAAGAGCUAAAUGCAGGCCCCUGAUUCUGAGCCCAGUGCUCUUCCAGAACCACACUGCCUCCAGGCCCACCUGUGCUCCCUGUCACAGCUGUGGUCAUUCCAGGACAUGGGGACAAACCACUCUUUCCCAGCCAGGUGCCUUUGAGCCUGCCCCUUCCAGGACCUGCACACUGCUUUCCUGUUGUGUUCUCUUGCCUCCAGAGUUCAUCCGUCCUGGUGACAGGGCUGUCUGCAUUCUGCACUAGUCGGUACUUGAGCUCCCCACUGCUUUGCAGAGUGUUGCACGCUCGGGGGGACCUGCUGGCGUGGUUUUGGUGUGUAAAGCAUGGCACAUCACGUUUCUCCUUGGGGUCUUGGGGCCUGUGGGUCCCUUCAAUACACAGUACCUGAGGACAGGAUUGGGUAUGCUCAGACACCCUGCCAGCAAGCUGGAACCAGACUCCGAGUUGGGUCAAAGUGUGUGCCGUUAGCCCAACUCUCCACCCGUCAGUGAGGGUGGCUCUUGUAUACUGAAGGUUACUCUCUGUUUGAGACCCUGUGAGAGCGGAGGUAGGGUGGUUGGAGUGGCCCUCGUACAACGUGCAGCUCUGUUAGCCUCUGCCUCUGGCUUCAGGUGAAAACAGGCAGGUUGGAGACUGGCAGACAGAGGAGAUGCUCUCUGUGGUCUGUUCCCUUCUAAGACCCUGGAGACUGCCAUCUGUCUUAAGUCUGUAGAUUAUUGCUGCUACUGUGUCCCUUCUUGCUACUGGACCGAGACUCCGCCCCAGCUUGCAGAUACUGGGUCUUGGAAAGUAGAUAAGUUUGUCCUAGGAUCUCUCAACUAGAAUGACUGGAAGCAUUUGGAAAAUCAAAAAAAAAAAAAAAAAGUUUGAGGAAAUUCACUUCAGUUGUUCAGGCCAUUCCCCCACCCCCUCUCUAGUCUCUGCCACUCUGCCAGCAGCCUUUGCCUUAUGGGUGCAGAUCACCUACAGCUGCCUCAGUCAUUCCAGGUUCUAGCGCUUUCUAUGGGGCAGGCACCUCUGAGAGCAUGGUGUUAAAAUAGACCUUUUCAAACCCUGAUGUGUGAGCAGUGGGCGCGUCUGAGUCUGCUGACUUCAGUGGAGGAAAACUGGCCUGUCUUACCCUGGAGCCCACGGACAUGUCGGGAAGAGCCAGUUCAGAACCGUCUUAACCAGUGUUGGGUUCUGAGUGCCAGCCACCCUUCAUCUGGACUGAAGGAGGUUAGCAUUUGCCAGUUUGUUUUCUUUCUCUGUACAUUUAUGUAUUUUCAAAGUGCGUUGCAGAGACUGUUUAUCCCUGUUGUUGCCCUAAGAGGUAAGGGCCUUCUGUCAGAUCAGCCAGUGCCACAGCCGAGAUAGUAGUCCUAUCCUCACUAACAACUGCUGUCUAGUCUGUACCCAAAGGUCCCCUACCCCACCCCUCAGCAAUUAUACCUGGUUUUAGAUUGGAUCCAGUCAGGGCAAGAACAUUGUAUUUUAUUAAAAAGUUUCUUUGAAUUCUAAAAAGGUUUCCCUCUACUUAUCUGAUUUUUUUUUUUUAUGUUUGAUUUUUGUUUGUUUGAGACAAGGUCUCAUUAUAUAGUCUUGGCUAGCCUGGAAUUUGCUGUGUAGAACAGGCUAGCCCUGGAACUCAUAGAGAUCCACUUGACUCUCAAGAACUGAGAUUAAAUGUGUGCACUUACCAGGCCCAGUCCAAAAUGGUAUUUUGUUUGCUUUAUUGAGACAGGGUCUUACUAUGUAGCUCUGGCUGUCCUGGAAAUUACUAUAUGAACCAGCCUGGUUUCGAACUCAGAGAUCCACCUACCUGCCUCUGCCUCCCAAUUGCUGGGAUUAAAGGUGUGGGCCACCACUCCCAGCCUUCAAAAGGUAUUAUUUUUUUAAGGCCAGAGGGUCUGUUGUCACAUAGAAGCCCCACAUUCCAGAUCCACUUGUUUCCUCCUCAUCCCUUAGCCCACACGUUUUCAAGGGUAGCUUUGCUGUUUGUGCUAAUGGCUAAUGUGGCAUUUCUCUCCUGCCAAGGUGUGCCUUCUCCCACCACCAUCUGCAGGAAGGGCCAGACCAGCUUGGAGGAGGGGAAAGGGCUCUCUGAUGAGGCAGCAUCACAUUGGGGGCGGUCUGAGGGCACUGCGGGGUGGGGCGGCCUGUGGAUCUGCCCCAGGGAGGCCAGAAUGAGUGUAUACAGCUUGGAGGAGCUAGGCUGCCCCAUGCCAAACACAGCAUCCUUGUUUCUUCGUCUCUUUCCUUCUCUGCCUUUGUUUUGGUGUCCCUGCUUCUGUUCUGUGGUUCAGGGAUCUUCAGUUUCUAGAUGGUCCAUGUGCACUGGAGCAGAAAUACGACCUCAGGCUAUGACAGGAAGGGCUAGAUGGAAAAAGGCCUCCUCUAGGUGCGGUGUGAGAGGAGCAGCGGGUACAGCGGGUGGUCAUGUGACAGUCUUCCUCCCCAGGCCGCAGCAGGGAUGUUCACAUGCCCGUGCUAGAGUCAGCUGCACUUCGUGUGAAAAGAGGUUAGCCGAUUGCUCCUUACCCCUCCCCCCCAGGCCUCCCGUGCAGUGCUGGGUUGAGGUUGUCUGGCUCUUGGCUUGAUGCCCUUGCCGGCUCUGAGCAGGCCGGGCAAUGACCGUGCGUGUCCACUCGGCUGAGGUCCAACAGGAAGGUCAGGGGACUCUUCCCCACAGUGUUUCUGCCUAAGAAGUUCAUUUCUCCCUCUUCUCUCCCUGGCCCGGAGGAGGCUAUCAGAGGAAAGGGUUUUCUAUGACUGAGCUAGCUUUUCUUACGGGCAAGAGGGCUCUUUUUGUAAUUCAUGCAUGAAAUUCAUGUUAUUUCCUGGGGAGAGAAGAGGGCCAACUGAGUGGGGUGGGGGGCACGUUUGGGAAGCAGGCAGAGGGUUCCUUCCCUGUAGGGGUGGGAAGGGGUUGCAGAGGGCAUGCUACGCAUCUCACCUGAAGAGGGCUCUUGAACCAGCCGUUUUGGGUUGUGUUAAAUGUGGGAACUUUCCUCCAUUAAUGUCCAAUCUUGAACUAACUGCUAAUAAAAUGGGAUUCUGUUUGUA